AUGAUUGAAAUUUAUACGGUAGAUGCAUUCACAGAUGAGAUAUUCAAAGGCAAUCCAGCUGCUGUGUGUACUUCUUUUCGAGAUGUAUCCUCUACGACGGAUCUGGAUGGAUUGUUUCAAAAAAUAGCUGCUGAGAUGAAUCUACCUGAAACAGCUUUUAUUACUCAAGCUAAAAAUUCACCUUCAAAUAAACGAUAUUUCAUUCAAUGGUUUACACCAACGGAUGAGGUGAAUAUAUGUGGUCAUGCAACAUUAGCAACAGCUCAUGUUCUUUUCGAGCGAAUUUUAAACGAUUCUUUGGUCACCGAAUUAAUUUUUGAAACGAAAUAUGUUGGAGAAUUAAAAGUUGGAAAAACUACUAAGCAAGAUCAACUAGAACUUAAUUUUCCUAUGGGCGAUCCUCAACCGAUUGAAUUUGAUAAACAAAUAUUAGAUCAAUUAAAAUCAAAAUUAAGCAUAUCAACACAGGAAAUUUUAGCUACUCAACUGUGUAAACGAACUAAAUAUCUUUUAGUUCAUCUUUCAAGUCUCGAUGAUAAUAUAAAAGCACAGGAAACUCUUACUGAAAUCGAUUUUGGUGAAAACAUAAAUCCAUUUAUAUGUGGUACUAUUGUUACAAGUACUUCAACGACGAGUGACUUUGUUUCUCGGUUUUUCUCUCCAUGGCUUGGUGUCCUUGAAGAUCCAGUUUGCGGUAGUGCUCAUACAGUAUUGGCUGUGUAUUGGUCUCGAAUAUUAAAUAAUAAAUCAAUUCUUCAUGCUUAUCAAAAAAGUAGCCGAGGUGGUUAUGUUGAUUGUGAAUUAGAUGAAAUUAAUCAACGUGUUCUGCUACGAGGAUCAGCUAUAAUUGUAUUGCAUGGUCAACUUUUUCUUCAACAAGAUCAAUUAGAUUUUUUGAAAAAAAAAUAA